GGCGUAGAGAGGCGGAGCGAUGGUUUUCCGACCGCACGCGAUCUUGCAUCAGCCUGUGAGAGGAGUCGGCUAGACGCGGCAGAGCGAAGUAGGAGGAGGGAGGAGGAUGGCGGCAGCCGGCGGGGAGCCCACUUCCAACUACAGUUUCAUUCUGAGCAUUAGUGAAGAGGAAGCCAGGCUGAAGGCUUUGGACAAGUACCUCAGCACUCGUAGUUAUAUCCAGGGGUUCACAUUUUCAUAUGCAGAUGUGGAAGUAUUCAGACAGUUUUCAACGCCACCUAUGGACCAGCAUUUCCAUGUUGUUCGGUGGUACAGGCACAUAGAAGCAAUCUAUGGUGGCAGCAAUGAAAAAAUUGAACCUUGUAAACUUCAAACAAGUAAAGGCAAACGUACACAGCCCCACUGGUCUUCCCCAGAAGGAACAAAACAGUCUAAACUCUGCCUGUACAACAGCCUCACUCGCAACAAGGAUGUGUUUCAGCCCCAGAAUGGCAAAAAAGUGACAUGGUAUUGCUGUGGCCCAACAGUAUAUGAUGCUUCUCACAUGGGACAUGCCAGGUCAUACAUCUCAUUUGAUAUCCUGAGAAGAGUGUUGAGGGAUUACUUUAAAUAUGAUGUCUUCUACUGUAUAAAUAUUACAGAUAUUGAUGAUAAGAUCAUCAAGAGAGCAAGACAAAAUUAUCUUUUUGAACAAUAUAGAGAGAAGAAGCCACCUGCAGUCCAGCUAUUUGAAGAUGUUCAAAUUGCUUCAAAGCCUUUUUCAGCUAUGUUAAAUGACACCACUGAUCCAGAAAAAAAGCAGAUGCUGGAAAGAAUUCAGAAUGCAGUGAAGUCUGCUGUGGAACAUCUAGAAGAAGCUGUGCAAAAGAAACUUCCCAGAGAAGAGAUCAACAAACAUGCUGAGAAAUUGUUGGAAGAAGCAAAAGAUGUGCUGUCUGAGUGGCUAGACACCAAGUUUGGCAGUCAAGUGACUGACAACUCCAUAUUCUCUAACCUCCCCAAGUUCUGGGAAGAGGAGUAUCAUAAAGAUAUGGAAGCCCUCAAUGUGUUACCUCCUGAUGUCUUAACUCGGGUCAGCGAAUAUGUACCGGAAAUUGUGGCAUUUGUUCAAAAGAUUGUGGAUAAUGGUUAUGGUUAUGUAUCAAAUGGGUCUGUCUACUUUGAUACAAUGAAGUUUGAUGCCACUGAGAAACACUCCUAUGCUAAGUUGGUUCCUGAAGCUGUAGGUGAUCAGAAAGCUCUUCAGGAGGGUGAAGGUGACCUCAGUCUCUCAGCUGAUCGUUUGAGUGAGAAACGUUCCCCAAAUGAUUUUGCUUUGUGGAAAUCCUCCAAACCAGGAGAACCCUCAUGGGACUCCCCUUGGGGAAAGGGCCGUCCAGGUUGGCACAUUGAAUGCUCUGCUAUGGCUGGAACUAUUCUGGGAGAGUCGAUGGACAUUCAUGGAGGGGGAUUUGAUCUUCGAUUCCCCCACCAUGACAAUGAAUUGGCACAGUCUGAGGCAUACUUUGAAAAUGAUCACUGGGUUCGAUAUUUUUUGCACACUGGUCAUUUAACAAUUGCUGGCUGUAAAAUGUCUAAAUCUUUAAAAAACUUCAUUACUAUCAAAGAUGCGCUGAAGAAACAUACAGCACGACAGUUACGGCUGGCUUUCCUGAUGCACUCUUGGAAGGAUACACUGGAUUAUUCAAACAACACCAUGGAAUCAGCUAUUCAGUAUGAGAAAUUCCUGAAUGAGUUCUUUUUAAAUGUAAAGGAUAUCCUUCGGGCUCCUGUUGAUUUGAUAGACCAGUUUCAAAAAUGGGAAUUUCGAGAAACAGAGCUGAGUAAAAGUUUUUACGACAAGAAGACAGCCAUUCAUGAAGCACUGUGUGACAACAUUGACACUCGCACUGUUUUGGAAGAAAUGCGAUCUUUAGUCAGCCAGAGCAAUUCCUAUAUUGCUGCUAAGAAAACUGCCAGGCAAAUGCCAAACAGACUGCUGCUAGAAAGUAUUAGUUCUUAUCUCACUCAGAUGUUAAAGAUCUUUGGUGCCAUAGAAAAUGAUGAAGCUCUUGGAUUCCCUGUUGGAGGAAAUGGCCAAAACAUAAAUCUUGAGUCUACAGUGAUGCCAUACCUACAAGUGUUGUCUGAUUUCAGAGAAGGAGUGCGACAAAUUGCCAGAGAAAAGAGAGUAACUGAAGUACUGCAGUUGAGUGAUGCUCUUCGAGAUGACAUUCUUCCUGAGCUUGGAGUUCGAUUUGAAGAUCAUGAAGGACUCCCAACUGUGGUCAAAUUGGUAGACAGGGAGACCUUACUAAAAGAAAGAGAAGAAAAGAAAAAGAUUGAAGAGGAGAAAAAAAGAAAGAAGGAAGAAGCAUCUAGGAAAAAACAAGAACAGGAGGCAGCAAAACUGGCAAAGAUGAAGAUUCCACCACAUGCAAUGUUUAAAUCAGAGCUUGACAAAUACUCCAAGUUUGAUGAAAAUGGAUUUCCUACCCAUGAUACAGAAGGUAAAGAACUCAGCAGAGGACAAAUGAAGAAACUGAAGAAACUUUAUGAAGCACAGGAAAAACUUCACAAGGAGUAUCUACAAAUGGUUCAGAAUGGAACUGCAAUUUGAGAACAAAACCAGGACAUUCUUCUUUUUUAAAAUAAAGGCGAGAGCUGGGUUAUUAUAGGAACAGUAAAGAGCAUAUAUUGAUGCUCGUAUUGUGUUUACAUGUUCUACUGUGGACAAGCUAAAACUACUUGUUUACGUGGAUUAAUAUAUCAUCUAGUUUAGAGUGUCAAUAAAAUUUUAUUAUUAAAAAUGAAAAGACCCUAUAGGAUGUUUGUGUCACAAUCAUUCUAGAUUGAACAAUUCUCUUGGGGAAGACACUGUUCAGUCAGCAAAUCCACAUAGGUUUCUUGCUUGUUAUAACCUCUUCAGGCCCCUGGGUAAUUUCUCAUGCAUGUCGCUCUUUAGCUAACUAAUAUCCAAUGUAGCUUGUGCUUUGGAAUAGUUAAUGUCAUAACAAGUAGAACUUACUGAGACCUACAGCAAAGCUGAUGAAUUUGUCCCACAGCAAGAACCAUAAAUAUUUCUCAAAUGAUUUCAAUGACAUUACAUAGGCAAGAAGUACUAUAAAUAGUUCAGGUAUGAUGCUUCUGUUGGUGUUUUUCAAAACCCCAAUUAUAGACAAAUCUGUGGUAUAAGCUAACUGUCAUUUCCAUAAGUUGGACUGUCACAGCCCUCACUUGGCCAAACAGGGCAAGAAUGUCCCUCCCUGCUUGGCCCAGCUCAGCUUGUGACUUCAGUCAUGUAGAUGAGUGGAUGGGGAGAGAAUGGACAGGGCCAGAGAGUGGGAAGAGGCCUGCUCUCUUUUUCCAGCACCCCUCACUGGCCAGAGGAACAAAGGUGCUCCACAUAACAGGGUGAAAUAACUCUCAACCUCCUCUGAGCGACAUGGAAGCAAGGGGAAAAUUGUGAAUGUUACAGUUCACUGUCUGGUUUGCUCCUGGGACAGUGCAGUUAUGCAUUCUACUGAACUAAAGACAUCUAACACUGUUAAACACUGCAAAUUCUGAACAGAUGACUGAGUCUUUAAAGACACACCCUAUAUUCUUUACUUUCAGUGAAUUCUGUAGCUCAAACAAGAUGUUCAAAAGUGACUAGUGAUUAGGUGCCUCAAUUUUUGGGUGGUCAACCUGAGACAUCUUAAAGGGGUUCUGAUUUUUAGAGAUGGAGAAUUUAGCAUUCUGAGAGUGCAAAUUUCAAGUUGUGUACGCACUGUCACCUCAAUGAGCAUUAAGGCCUUCCUUACUGCCAUUUGGUGGGAGAGGUUGAGUGGGGAGCACUUUGACAAAGGUACAGUUGUCUGCUGAUUUGGGAUGCAGCUUGGGGAGCCCUAAGAGUUCAGUAUAAAUAUCCAACAGAACAAGGCUCAAGGAGGUGGUCUUGAAUGUAAGUAGGGCCCAGUUUGCUCAACUUAAGGUCUUUCUAAAGAAAGCAAGUUUCGAGUAAUAUGACCAUGGCUGCACACCGUGCAAGCCAAUUUACUGUUGCAUUUUGAACAAGCUGCAAGUGAUGGAAAUACCCUGCUGUGACGUGUAGAGAGGAAAUUACAAUACUCGUCCUCACUGUUGCAAUGAUAUAUGUUGCGGUUUGGAGGUCAACAGGGGAUUGCUCAAGUGAAACACACUGCUACCAUGUCUGGCUCUCAGCUUUCCACAAAAUAAUACCCGCAAUGUAUUAACUUUACUCACUAUCUAUAAACAAGUCCCCUCCAUAGGGAGUAAGCUUUAUAAGGUGUGCCUCCUCAUCCAGCAACUUCUACCCAGUAGAAAGGCUUCUGUCUUCCCAGGGCUGUAGAUGAAGAAACUCUGACAUACCCAGCAUGCAGCAGCAUCUGAGCAUUUCUCCAUACCUGAAGCUGAACUUGAACAAUGCAGAGUAAGAGAGAGACAAUUGGGUUGAUGCUAUUUUAGUCCAUAUUUAGACAUUAUCUUGGUAAACCUCCUAUGUUGUUACAUGGAUUACAGGAUAGCUCAAGGGGUGCUGAAUUUUUCAGUAUUUUGAGGCACAUGUCCAUUAUUACUGAUUUGAUUCCAUCUUCUAGGAAUGCCUUCUACUAUUGAAAGGCAGUGCCAGACAUUUCAGCAAGGUCGCUUAGUUACUACUACAAUAUCUUAGGCAUGGUCCAUUGUGUCAAAUUUUGCUGAGAAGCUCUGUGACUGGCUGCUAUUUACAACCAGCAUAUCAUUCAUGCUGCCACAAAAUUAAUCUCUCCCAUACAAGGCAAUGGUCCUACGCCAUCAUCAUGGGGUCAUCGCUUGUGAAGGGUGCUGGGUUUUACAGGUUUCCAGCAGCAAUGGCAGAAGCCCAGUAAAGAAAGGUGAAUCUAGACAGGUGUUGCCUAGUUUAUGCACAGCAAACAAAUGUCAACAAGAGUAUUGGGUUACCUUAAAUUUAUACUGUCAUAUAUAGAUAAUAAUGAUGAGAAACACCUUGUCAUGCAUUGUUAAAUAAAUCUUGCUAAGGAACCUAAUGUCCUUAUAACAGUGUACACUGUUAGAAACAUCUGUACUCUAACAUUACCCCUUUAAAAUUAUUUAUGAAAGCAUUUUAUGUUUCUGUUUCUAGCUGCCCACCAAAUGGCAGUAAGGAAGGCCUUAAUGCUCAUUAAGGUGACAGUGCUUCAGGUUCAUCGCUGCCACUUAGGCUAAUGUCACAUCACAUACAUACUAAAUCCAUUGACUUACUGAUGAUCAAAGCACACACA